ACGCGUCUUACUUGAAGGGUCGCUCUCGAAGGACCCAGAAGACUUGUUCAUUGGCAAGUAAAGUGAACUUGUAGACUUGAACACAAAUAUUGAAGUGACUUAGAAAACUUUGUCUUCAGCAGUGACUCGGUGAACCUCGAUACAACAUUUGUAUUGGAGGAGGAACAUUGUGAGUUAUCAGUCGUGAGGUACAACUCCCCAGCAGGAUGGUGGCGGGAGGACUGAUGGCCGCCCUGCGGACCAUUACCGUAGAACCUGUCAUGCUCCUCGACGGAGCGUGCAAGGAGGCCAUGCUCCUCUUUAUCGAGAACGUCCAGAUGAACAAGAUAUGCUCCGUCAACUUGGGGCUGUCACCGGAGGUGUGUGCCAACCUGUCAGCCCACCCGGAGCAAAGUGUGCUCGUCCAGCGAGAGUUCUCCCUCUUUGCUUUCUACAACAGCAUCAUCAUGUCGGUGCUGCCUCUCAUCUUCGUGCUCUUCAUGGGCGCCUGGAGUGAUAAAUACGGACGUAAGAUUCCUCUCCUGAUGACGUUGGUGGGUCAUGUGUUGUAUGCCGGGGGUUACCUGUUGGUCAACUGGCAGACCAGCUGGCCCGUGGAGGUGCUCUACCUGGUGACACUCUUGGAGGCCCUGGGAGGAGCCAACGCCGGCCUCCUCUCCUCCACCAUCAGCUACAUCAGCGAUAUUUGUCAUGAGAAUCAGCGAACAUCACGUAUCAGCACCGCCAACUCCGUGUGGUUUUUGGGAGGUCCUUUGGGAACAUUGAUUGGCGCUCUUAUCAUUAAGUACAGCGGCUAUGACCUGGCUCUGGGCCUCGUGCUGCUCGCCUACAUCGCCGCCGUCGCUUACGUCUUCGUCUUCAUCAAAGAGAGCCACGGACCCUUCGCCAAGAAGGCUCUGCAGGCCCAGGGCUCCUUUAAGGACGAGCCCACCUUAGAAAAGAAGGACACGAAAGUCACCACCAUGUUCACCGACUUCUUCAACUGGCGACGCGUGGUGGAGUCCUUCAAGACGGCGUUCAGGAAGCGUGAGGGUAACGCCCGUUGUCUCCUUAUGGUUGUCAUCAUGGGCAACAUGAUUCGUCGUAUGGCUAGAGGGUUCUUCAUGUACAUGUUUGUGCGUCGCGCCCUGCACUGGGAGGCCACCGACUACGGCUACUGGAUCUCAUACCGCAACCUGCUGGCUGCCCUCGGCUCGCUGUUCCUGGUGCCGUUCCUGACGCGGCUGUUGUCGUUCACGGACGCGUCACUGGUGGUGUUGGGGACUGUGUCUAUGAUCAGUGAGUACGUGUGCUACGGGCUGGUGAGCGGACCUUCCCAGAGUUUCCUCAUGUGGCUGGGGCCGCCUGCAGGCGUCAUCUCCAACGCAAUGGUCAUCGCCUUCAAAUCUAUGUCCACCAAACUUGUCACCAGCCACGAGAAAGGUCGUAUCAACGCCGUGAUGGCGGCCCUCAACGGCCUCAUGCCGAUGGUGGGCUACGCAGCCUACUCACCCCUCUACUACAACACCGUCGACACCUUCCCCGCUGCCCAGUUCUUCUUUGGUGCCAGUCUCAACGUCAUCAUCAUGAUCGCCUUCAUUCUGGUGGAACUAUUGCGCCAGACGUCGUCGUACAGCGCUGAGGAUCUGGAGGUGGGCUCCAAGAAACCUGACAAAGGCCUCUAUGGCAUCUUCAAGAAGCAUUCGUCCAUCACCCUCAAGUCUGUUGCUCGAACUCUCAGCGGUCCAGGAGGGAGACGCGUCACCAAGUAUCGCAACUUUUCGACCCUCCAACUUCCCUCCCUCAAAGAAAACCCAACUUUGGAGACAAUAAUUAGCUUGAGUUUACCUCAUAAAACCGCCGACAUUAGUUCUGCUGACAAAUGGGUAAAGUCAGCUUGCUGGAACUUGACUCCAGAAGCCACGGGUAAAACUACUGCUGUUAUUGGUACAGAGAACUUUGAGUCAGCUGUUGCCUCAGACAACGUUAGUCAGGCUAUACUGAACAUCAAGCUAGUAACGUCAGAAGGUCAUUCAUUAAGAGGUUGGUGCCCGAAGGAGCAAGAGGCAAGUGGGUGUUACAGCAGCAGACUGAGUGACGCGGAGAUCACUGCGUCAGAGAAAACACUAGGAGAGCUUCCCCUGGAUAAUGAAGCAUUUAGAGACCCUGGCAACGCCUCUCACAACACAAUACAAAGGUCGCCCUCACUACCACCUGCAGGAGGCCUGGAUAAUGAAGUUAUGAGAGACCCUAGCAACACUAUCCAACGGUCACCCUCACUGCCACCUGCAGGAGGAUGGUCCUGGUUGGAGUGGAGAGUAUAAUAGAUAUAUUAAAUUGUGACUUUUAACCAUUUUGAGUUGUUGUUAUGGUGUUAUUACUGCGCUUGACCAAGGAAAGUCUUUAAGGCCGAUCAAGGUUAGUAAUUACAAUAUUCCGACAACAUUAACAAAUUAUGAGAGAUAGUUCUCUUUUGGUCUCAUUAUAUAUAAUUAAUUUAUUUUGUAUGUAUGUGUUUGUGAAAGUAAAAUAUUUGUACGAUAGA